UGUUGCGCAUUAGGCAGUAUCAGUGGAGCCAGGCAUAAGUUGUGUGUGAAGCUGGUACAUCGGACCUGGAGACAUUUCAAAUAGACAUUUAAUUAUUGUCGAUCAUGAGUGCGUCUGUCACGGGAAUCCGGGAGGACCUGGACCGACAGAUUGUGCAGGAUGUGUGUGAUGAGGAUGCGAUGGCCUCUGUCUCGGUGGGGAUGUCAGGCUUGUCUGACGAGAUCUUGUUGUGCAUCCUGCGCCAUGUUCCAGUGUGUGACCUGCUGCUGAAUGUGGCCCGGGUCUGCCCCAAGCUAUACACGCUGUGCCAUGACAAGACCCUGCUCACACGUGUCCGUCUCUCUGAGGAGUAUGUGGCCAAUGAUCUCUCUGUGCGACAGAUAGUGAAGCAGAUAUCCAAUCAUGUGCAGUCGCUCAACCUGAGUGGCUGUUACUGGCUGUCUGGCUCUACCAUGGAGCAUCUCGUCCGCUGUCGGGCAGUGACACACCUGGAUCUCACUGGCUGUCGCCUCACUUCGCUCCGUCUCUCUCGCCUCCUCUUCCUCUCCCUCCUCAGAUCGCUUGCUUUUGACGUGGCGCCGGGCUUCAACUCCGCUCAGCUCAGUUCAGAGGCGGUUGACGCGCUGAGCCGCCUCUCGGAGCUGAGACAGACGCUUCUGACACCCAGCUACGGUGUGGUUCCCUGCUGUGCACAGCUACGCAGGUUGGCGCUGCAGUUUGACAUCCCAGAUGUGACCAGAGAGGGCGUUGGCGUUUGCUGCCAGUUGAUGGUGGGCCAGAGCAGUGUGCCACAUUAUCAACAGUUGGAAGAGUUCAGUGCUAGGCUGGCCCCAGGAGAGGUAAACCAGACCUUGCUGCUUCUCUACCUAGCUGUAUUCAGCGUACAUGUUCCAGAGCGCCUUCGGGUAUUCCUGGUGUCCAUCCCUGGUCCAAACCCUGCUCACUGGCCUGCUGCCACCUCACUGGCCCAGAGUUUGCACCAGCACGGCAACCUGGAGGCUUUGCAGCUUCCUCGUUCUUGGUUGGAUUCCCUCUCACUCGAGCGAGCCCUACAGGGCAGCAGCCCCAAGCACCUCAGCUUCAGCCGUUGCCCGGCGUUAUGGUCACAGGUCUUCAGGUCACUGCUGGAGGGCGGAGUGAAAGAUGCUACAAAGCUGCUCAGCCUCAACCUCAGCGGGAUAAGCCAUGCCCCUUUCCCAGAGUGCACAGGGAUACGCGGAGGGGAAGAUCAGUUGGUUGCCGGGACCAUGAGCCGCCUGGCAGCUGGCUGUCCUAAUCUCAGACACCUGAACCUAAUGCACACACACUAUCACCAUGAAAACACACCCGGGCUAGGUGGGGAAGCACAUCUGGGCGCCAGCCUGGGCAAACUCAGAUACCUGCGCUCUCUCACUCUGCCUGCCUGUGCCCUGUCAGACGGUGUAAAUACACAUCAAAUCUCUGCAAACACGACUUCACCCUCUGCCCUGCUACUGGGGUUGAAGAAGGCUCCACGUGUGGGGCUCCAGAAUUACAAGCCAGAUUCUGAGGCUUCUUCACCUCGGGACAGCACCAUGGGGCUGGCUCAGCUGUUAGCCGGCUGCCCCUUUUUGGACAUCCUAGAGGUCAUCGGCCCUGGUUUCAUCUCUGCACUACCUCGCCUUGAGCCCUGUACACGUGCCUGCGUGGAGCCUCGUGGAAUGUGUGCGUGGGCUCGAGGGGUCGGCGAUGCGCACUUAGCGGCGUUAGAGGCAUUGCCAGGAUUGCGUCAUCUGACUUUGGCUGGGCUCCCAGGGGUCCUAAAGGGGACAGGGCUGCUACAGCUGGCCAAGCGAUGUCGAGACCUGCAGGUGUUAUCCCUUGCCAACCUGGGUUCCUUAAAAACCAUGAGCUACACCCCUGCUUUGCUGGACACACUGAAACACUGCACACAGCUGCAGGAACUCAGGUUGGAGCAGCCCUACCUGAACGCCAACGCACCGUUCUUUGAGGCUCUGUCAUGUUGUGCUCGUCUGCAACGCCUGUGCCUCAUCUCGCGCAGUGGAACCUUUGACCCGUUUGCCACGGAAACCUUCAUGGAGCGUUGCCGCAGUGUCGUCAUGUGCCACAUGUUCAUGGGUGGGACCUUGGUGGCUUGUCGCACACUGCAGAAAGCAUUGCUGGACAGAUUUUCAGCUGAGCGGUCAGCGCUAAGUGUGGUCAUUUAUCCAUUACAACAUGAAGACCUGCCUUUGGUCAUCAGAGACAUACCACUAACACUGCUGGAUCAGAUAACCUUGUUCCAGAGCCACGUGGCCCAAGCCCCACACCUGCCACCGCACUGACACUGUGUCACAGGGUUUCAGUGUGACUGCGGUGCUCAACAGGCGGCAUGUCAGCCUGGUUUACUGCUAGAAAACAGAAUUCACAAGUGAUCUGGUCAAGACUGAUGGACAGGCUGCUGGCUUGUGCAAUCUGUUAUAUCACCCACUGUUUCAGGCUGGUUCUACAGCAGUACAUUAAAAGGCAUGUUGAUAUGUUGUUGUUUUUUGUGAUACCGUGAUGCUGGUCUGAAAAAACAUGUAUAUAUAUUCCUGCGCCUCUCCACAGGGAGGUCAGAGGUCAGGUAUUGCUACACAUAAUGGAGCGCCCGUGGAGCUGAUGGGGAUUCAGUGUCUAGAUUAAGGUCAUUUCAGCAGGGUGGGCUUGAACCUGAAUUUUCCAGCUCGGACAGCCUUCUUACUCACUACACCACCCUGCUGCCAUAAAAAAAUAGUGCCAAAAAAAUGGAAUAUAUAAUAUUGUAUUUGUUCUGAAACUUUGUACAGAUGAUCUGCAUCAGAUGAUGUGUAAUAAACUCAAUAUGAAUCAUUUUUAA